UGCAUAACCUUCUGCCGCCGCCGCCCCCUCCUCCCCCCAGCCGCCGCCUGUCCCGAGCAACGCCCUCGCGUCAUGGGGCGACCAAAGGGCGGCGCCGCGGCUUCCUCCUCGUCGAAGAAGCCGAAGGCCAAGCCGAAGCAGCGUGGCGGCGUCGACUUCAAGAAGUACAAGCACAAGGUAGGGCGCAAGCUGCCGCCGCCGAAGAACACCACCAACACGGAGAUUAAGUCCAAAAUGAUCGUGCUGCCGGAGCAGAGCAUGGCGUCAGAGAGGGCGGGCAUGGCGGUGAACAAGCGCGGUCUCACGCUCCGUGAGCUGCUGCAGCAGACGGUGCACUACAAUGCCAAAGUGCGGCGAGCUGCAUUGAAUGGAAUAAAGGAUCUCGUUGUCAAACAUCCAGAGGAGCUUAAAUUGCACAAGGUUGCUAUGAUUGAGAAGCUGCAGGAACGGAUAUGCGACACUGAUAAGGUGGUUCGUGAAUCAUUGUACAAUAUACUGCAGUCUCUGAUAUUCCCAUCUCUGAAAGAGGACAAUGCAAUAUCUACUCGCAGCACACUAUCUCUGCUGAUGGCGAAUGUUUUGAAUGGGAUGACAAACCUAUCUAUGGAUAUCCAGUUAAUGGCUUUUAGGUUUCUGGAGCUCGUGGUUCUUAAUUUCCCAUCCUCCUUUCCCAGAUAUGCUGAACAGGCUUUCAACAACUUCGUUGCUGUAUUGAGCAACGACAGAAUCCAUCUGCAGGAUAAGAGUAAACUUAACAGUGUCCUUACUGGGCUGGGGCACUGCCUUUCCUUGGUUGUUCGUGCAACUGAAAAUGAUGAUGCAUCAAAUCGACUGGCUCAUAACCUCUCUUUGAGAGAACUGUUGAAACUUACCCUUGAUGAAGAUAACCCAGAAAGUAGAGCAUUUUCGACGUUUGAUGUACUAACGAAGCUUCAGAACCUCAUACAAAUUCUCAUUAAUUCGGUAGAGGUUUCAGCUUCAGAACUCUGUGCAAAGCCAGCUAAUGAUGCUCAGUCAAGUGAAGCAUUACUAUCAGCCCUUCAUUGUCUGGAUCUAAUAUGUAGAACAUUUAUUCAUGAGGCGAAGAAACCUCAGAUGGAGUUCGGGAGAUCCCAAACUCAGUUUGGGCCUGAUUGGUUGAAUAGUUCCGUGUUGGUAUAUCUAAAGAAACUAUGGGGAGUGAAACGUUUGUUUCAUGAAAAGGGAGAUGACAGGUUUUUCAUUUUCAAUCUUAAAAUUGCUGAAAUCUUUUUGUGCUUGAGCUCAUGGAUGGAUAAUACAGUGCUUCCAGCUGAGGAGUUAUGCCAGUUUGUAUCUUCCUUACUUGCAAAGGCAAAAGUACUUCGCAAUAAGGAUCUCAUGGAAACACAUCUGAGUCCACUUAUAGCUUUCAUACCGGGUCUUAUAUCAAAUGCCGGAGAUGACUCAAAAGGAUAUUUGCUGGAGGCAUUUACAGAUGCAUUCGGAGGUUCCAAGGUGGAUUGCAAGCUAAUGUUGCCAUAUUUGGAUGCAGUGCGAGACAUGUUGCACCCUGAGAAGUCGGGGACAUGGUUUGCUGAAAAUGAUUCAGGCUUAUCAGAAUAUCAUAACGCUUGGAUAUACGAGCUACCUGGAAUAUUACUACAGUCAGUUGAUAAAGCUCCGGCAGUUACAAAGGUUGUUUUGGAGCUUCUUCUAAGAAUUGGACAGUAUAUCCCCACAAUUGAGUGUAUAAACCUGCGUUCCUUCAUACAGUUAUUUGGUACUAAAUCAUCAUCUGGAAUGGUAGAGCUUGGCCCUUUUGUUAACCUUCCAUCUGAUUGCCAAGAACUCGCAAUUUCAUGCCUUUAUUACUUCUCCAAUCUGCUCCCUGACAUAAUCGAGCCAUUGGUCUGCUGUUGCUUAAGUGAUAAGCUGGAACACCACAUAUUAUUUAGGAUUGUUGAGAUUCUACAGUCAACAUACAGGGCUGGGAAUUUACAGAUAACAGAGCAACUCAGUUUCUUGUCAUCCCUGAUGGCACGAUUCAAUGUUCAUCGUGGUAUGUCCUGUACUCAGGAGGAUGCCAGAAAGGUCUCAAAUUUGAAUACUUUCAAGGCCUUGAAUCACUUAAUUUUGACCUCCUUAUCUGAAAUGGGUGAUGGCUCCUUGGUCCUUGAAUUGAUGUGGAAUAAUUUAUCUAAUGAGAUUGCACAAAAACCAUCGUCGCAUAACAUGAAUGGUUUGUUUAGAAUCAUUGUUACACUCGAUGCAGCAACUAAUAAGCUCAUGAAUGAAGAUGUCAUCAAGCUUCUAGCUGGCUACUUGGUUGAUGCUGCUCUGGAUUUGUCAAAAAACAUUGAAGUUGGCUUUCAACCUGACAAGACAAGAUUAUUUCAAUACUUUACAAACCCUUGCAUAAUCAUUUUUGAGCAAAAUGACAAGGUUCUUUGCCGCAUAUUGGAGAUGCUUAAAUCUUUUGCAUCAGGAGAUGAUCAUAUGUUCUCGUCAGCCUCCAAUUUGGAUUACCCAAGGGAGCUUUCGCAACGAGUCUGUGUUGUCACAACCGUACUGUUCUUCUUAUGCAAUGAUCGGAGGCUCCAUACAAAUCUUUCUUUGGGCAAAACAGUUAUUAAAAGCAUCCUGCAUUAUAUAAGGCAUCUGCUGGAUUCUAAUGUGCCUGAUGUAACAUAUGGACAAAAGCAAAAACUAAAAUGUGCUUUUGAGCAACUCAAGACCAAAGCAUUGCAGUUGAACUGCUGGGAUAGAAGUGAGCUGGAAGGACUUUCAAACACCACAUAAUGUCAUGUCCUGUGUCACAGCCAUCUGGGGAUUUUACAGACAUAUAACAGUGGAAGAAAAUGGAGAGGGAUGGGCUGGGGGCUGUGUGCCUUUUCCAACUUGCGUCAUGUUGCAGCGGUGCACCAUUCAUCUGUGUGGCGUACUGUUACCAACAGUAUACUUAAGGUGGUCAGGAAAGGUGUACGAUUCAUGGCUUUGGUGCCCUCGAUACUACCACCAAAGACCUCAGAAAAGUACGGUUCAAAUUGCUCUUGAGUUAAGCUCAAUUUUUUUUUUUUUUGCUCUUGAGUUAGUUAAUUAGAACAAUAGGAGCUAUGAUUUCUUGCAAUGAGUUCGGUAGUUCAGAUUACUCAAGUUAGUUAAUCAGAACAAUAGGAGUUGUGACUUCUUGCAACGAGUUCUGUAGUUUUCUUAUUCAUGUAUCUACUACCUGAAUCGCCAGGCAAUGUUUUUUUACAUCGGAAGGUAAAUCGCCUUAUCGCCAGGCAAGUUGGUUGCGCCAAAAUGUGUGUGAUCGCUAUCUAGAUGGAAACUCUUGACUGCCAUGUAAAUGCAGAAAUUUUGUUCGAAAGUUAUCUUAGGACAUUGAUCUCAUUAACUAUUUUGCUACGUUUUGUUAGGAACCAUUGAUCUAAUUAGUUAUUGUGCUC